AGGCACGGCCAGAGAGGCUGACGACCGUGUCAGUGUUCGGGUGGUGGCUGCGGGCAACACGGGGGGCUCCCCCGGCAGACAGAGCGAGCGCAGCCCUCGGAGGAAGAGGUCGGACGGAGGAAGGGGCUGUCGUGGCAGGUUCGCUCCCCCCCCACGGGUGGCCGAAGGGGUGGCUCUUUUGGUGACGCCGUGCGAUGAGACCCGAGCGCUGAGUGGAGUAUGCUGCAGACCAUUUACGAGGGCGAGUCAAGUUUCUCCACAGCAGACGGCCGCGUUGGAGCCCGGCCGCCCCCCAGGAUGCACAACGUGAACGGCUCAGUGGAGAUAAAGUCAAACGUACCGCUGGUCGUGGAAGCCUUAUCUCCGUUGGACCUGCGCACAGACCUGAGGAUGCUGGGCCCCGGUUCGGACCCGGGACUGUGGGAGCGGCAGCUGCAGCAGGAGCUGCUGCUGAUCCAGAAGCAGCAGCAGAUCCAGAAACAGCUGCUCAUCAGUGAGUUCCAGAAGCAGCACGAGAAGCUGACCCGGCAGCACCAGGCUCAGCUCCAGGAGCACCUCAAGCUUCAGCAGGAGCUGCAGGCGAUGAAACAACAGCAGGAACUGGCAGAGAAGGAGCGCCGACUGGAACAGCAGCAGCAGCACCACCAGCAACAGCAGCAGCAGCAGCAGCUCCAACAGCAGAACCAGCAGCACCAACAGAACCAGCAGGAGAAAGAGCAGGAGAGGCACCGGCGAGAGCCGCACAUCUCCGGCUUGAGCCUGAGGGCCAAAGAGCGCGCCAGAGAGAGUGCAGUGGCCAGUACGGAGGUGAAGCAGAAACUCCAAGAGUUUCUGUUGAGCAAAUCGGCCAAGGACCCCGCCAGCAACGGCGUCAAUCAUGCGUUCAUCCACCACCCCCAGCUCUGGUACAGGUCCUCGCAUCAAAGCUCUCUGGACCAAAGCUCUCCACCGCUGGGCGGCAUGUCCCCGACCUGCCACUACACUCUGCCGUCACCCGUCGACGGCAAGGACGAUUUCCCCUUGAGGAAGACAGCCUCCGAGCCCAACCUGAAGGUGCGGUCCAGACUCAAGCAGAAAGUAGCCGAGCGGCGCAGCAGCCCGAUGCUCAAGAGGAGAGACGGCAACCUGGUGACGCCUUACAAGAAGAGGGCGCUGGAGCUGAUGGACUCUACGCCGACUAAAAGUGCCCCCGGCUCGGGCCCCAGCUCCCCCAUCGGGGCCUCCAGUGCCUUGGGGGCGGAAAACGGACCCUCGUCUUUGCCUACUACCACGAAAACUGAGCGAUGGCCUUCACAGCCGAGAUUAUUCCGACCUGAGAGCUCCGUGUCUGUGUUGAGUUUGUACACAUCUCCGUCCCUACCGAAUAUCUCGUUUGGAAUUCCGACUGCAUCUUCACCUAUUACUGCGGCUGUGGGCUUGAAGGACAGAUCGGCGGAGAGCAAGCACGGACUGCCGGGCCAUCUGCUUGGUCCCGUCCCCCUUCAGAACGGCGCGGAGUCCAAAGUCAGCCCCAGUCACCAGGCUCUGCUCCAGCACCUCCUCCAGAAGGAGCAGAUGAGGCAGCAGAAGAUGCUUUCCACCGGCUCCUUGCCAUCCCACCCUCCUUCCCCUCUGGCUAUGAAGGAUCGCCCACUCAGCAGUCGGCCCAAACUCCCCAAACAUCGGCCCUUGAACAGGACCCAGUCGGCGCCGCUGCCCCAGAACGCGCUGGCCCAGCUCGUCAUCCAGCAGCAGCACCAGCACUUCCUGGAGAAACAGAAACAAUACCAGCAGCAGAUCCACAUAAACAAGCUGCUGUCCAAGUCCAUCGAGCAGUUACGUCAGCCCAGCGCGCACCUGCAGGAGUCCGAGGAGGAGCAGGAGGAUCCGCCGCCGCCGCGCCGGGAGCAGCCGGAGCGCAUGCAGGAGGACGGGCCGCCCCCCGGAGGAGUCAUCCGGAAGCACACGCCGGCCGUCGCCGGCCGCGGCUCCGGCGUGGGGCUUCCCGACGCGCGCUACGGGGUCAUCAAGGUGAAGGAGGAGCCGCCGGACAGCGAGGACGAGGGCUUGGAGGCGGAGAGGAGCGCCUACCUUCAUCAGGUCAAAGGGAGGCUGGUGAUUCGAGCCAUGAUCUGAGGAUUGCGGGGAGCGGGUCACACACUCCGACAUUCGCAGAGAAACUAACACCACAUCCCUGUAGUGCACAGACAGACAGACAGACAGACAGACGCGCGAGCGAGCGCGCACGCCGGCGGCGGCACCGUAGGCCCUUCCUCGUCACCACCACAACAAACCCUUCUCCACUCAGUUUCAGACUCUAGCCGUGAUCCUCACCUAGUAAAUAUGUAGGCUACAUCGUCGUGUAUAUAACACAGAGACAAACGAGGCGCUUGUGGUCGUUUUGGAGUCUGCUCGGCUGACGGACGAUGACGGACGGGCCCGCGUGCUGCGGAUUUCGCAUCGUCUGGGGGCGGGGUUGGGGGCGGGGGGGUCAGGUUAAGCAGGUGCACGCCGCGGCCGAGCCAAGUCGCGUUUUCACCGCCGAAGGCUCCUCGGCGCCGAAUACGCUCAUGAAUCUUUGCGGCGUGUUUUAAGGGACGGACGGGCGAGGAGGGGCGCGAUGAACACGACGCGUACGCCGUCGUUCGGGAAAAUCUACGUCGAAGUUAAAGGUUUGAACAUCUGUCUUAGCGAGAAUGUACAUUUGAAAUGUUGACACAGCACCCCCCACCCCCAGUGUCGAGCGCCGUCGACGGAAUACGGUCGGCGGCUCGGAUCUCGGCUUUCGGCGGCCGGGGGCCGCGCACCCAUCACCCGACACCCUCUCCGGUCGCGCCGUUAGCUGAGCCCCCCCCCCCCCCCCUCCCCCUUCUGCGGGUCCAAAUCAAAAGGCUCCUGCCCAGCUUCCAGAAGAGGGCCGGGCAGGAAAUGCCUUCUGGAAGCCAGGACUCGGGAGUGAUUCAUGUGCGCAGGAAUGUUUUGCGAGGGGAGGGCCUCGGCUCGGAUCGGGAAGGAGUCCGAGGGGCCAGGCUUCACAAUUGAUUUACUGUCAAGGCGAAUUACAAAGUGAGAGGGGAUUCGGUCAAGGGAGUCCUUCCAGCGUAUAUGGGAGACGGCUUCCUCUCUUUCCCCCCGUGGCAUGCUUACCUCAACAUGCAGGUUUGAUGUAAUGCAUUUAAAAAAAAAAAAAAAAUGAAAAAAAAAAACAGGAUGGGACCUUGAUUUUUUUUUUUGUGUUCAUUUGAUCCCACUUCCCAUGAAAGUGCCCGUUUGCGACAUUGAUAGUCUGUCUUAAAAGUGGUCCGUCCGACGUAUGGGUUCGUCCCGUCCCCGUUUGUAACCGUCGUCAAGGUGUAAAACCUCCCGUGAGGGUCUUGU